GUGUUUGUGGGUCAUUGAGUGUCCUACCAGUUUUCACAAACCCUUGUUUGAGGAAACGGCACAAAACCUGGCAACUGUUUUUAAAAAUGGGUGAACGGUUGCAAAGUCAAAACACGUACGUUUGCUCUUUUUCUGAUUGCAGCGCCACAUUUAGGAAGUCGUGGAAGUUAGAGGCUCAUCUGUGCAAACACACUGGAUUGAAACCAUUUUCCUGUGAGAGCUGCGAGAAGAGUUUCUGCGCUCGCUAUGAGCUCACCAGGCAUGAACGAGUGCAUAGCGGUGAAAAACCACAUACGUGUCCCAUGGAUGGAUGUUUGGAGGCCUUUGGGAAAAAUGCCACCAUGAAGAACCACAUAACUCGAGUCCACCAGCACCAGGAAGACAGAUAUAAAUGCGACUAUGAAGGCUGUGAAAAGGAUUUCAGCAAGAAGAAACAACUAAAAGCUCACAAGUGUGAACAUGGAGAACCAUUGGCUUUUCACUGCACAUUCAACGGAUGUGGGAAAGACUUUCCCAGUCGAGAGAAACUGAAGCAUCACGAGAAAGUUCAUCAAGGUUACCCCUGCAGCUUUGACCUGUGUCCUACCUUGAGUAAAACAUGGACUGAAUAUCUAAAGCACAGAGCCCAACACAGAGAGAAGCUCGUGUGUGAAAAGUGCAAUAGACUCUUCAACAACACCUGGUUUUUGCGCCUGCAUGAGCUGCGUGCGCACUCUGGGGAGAAGAGGUACUUCCUGUGCCCCAGAGAGGGCUGUAACAGGAAGUUCACCCGCCGUGUUAAACUGGAGAGUCAUGUACUGGGAGACCAUGAAGGGAAGAAACCCUUCUCCUGUGCAUAUCCUGGCUGUGGGAAGAGCUUUGCCUUGAAGGAAAGCGUAUGGCGACAUGGUGUGGUUCACAACCCUGCAAAAAGAGAGCUGAAGAAACGGAAGCCUAAAAUGGACAAGCCCUCGCAGGUUGCACAGGAGGCCACCCAAUCGGCUGCAGAUGAUCAAGAAACCGGCAAGCUUGCUGCAAAGCUGCACAGUACAACUCUGGAGGAAAACGUAUCUUGAAUCUUACUCGUUAGUCUAGGGGUGACCUUUAAUUGGAAAGCAUUCAUAUACUUCCUACUGAUUCUGAAAGUGUGAAUAAAUCCCCCGUUCAAAGCAAAACAUAAGCAGUCUUCCUACACCUAUUUUGUGCUAAAGCUACUAGUCCAAGUCAAUGUAUGGGUAGCUAUUGCUACUAUUGUAGAAAUAAUUUUAAAAAAAAGUAUGCUCUUGCUGAGAAUAAAGGGGUCAAAAUUAAA